CGGCGCCCGGAGCGGGCCGAGUCACCCCCGUCAGCCCCCCAACCCUUCCGGCCACCUGCGUGGGAACAUCUGCAGACUGGCUUGAGGGCUGCUGCCAGGCGACUCCACUUCCUUCCUCGCACGUCCCCGUCCAGGGUGGAGGGCACUGCCCUCAGCCACCCGCAAACGAGGGCGGGCGGCCCAGUGCGUCCGCGAGCGCCCCUUGCUCGCCGCCAUCCCCGCGGAGGGCGAGCCCCACGGGGGAAGGGCGAGGCCGCCGCUGGGCCGCGAAGCCGGUGACGCCCCCGCGGCUCUUGCUGGGAGACCUCGAGACUUCCCAGUUUGCGGUGGGACCCCCCACUUCACAGAACACCCCCAUAAAAUAGGAAGGAGACGACAUGGACGUGGAAGGGAGCAGCAAGUGUGGAAACCAAAAGACCAGAAAGAAGGCUGUGGCGGAAAUCUAGGUGCCAGAUGACUGUGAUUUGGACCAUCAUAAGGGGAGGCAGAAGGAGACAGGGACCACUGACAGGACAUGGUAUCUGAUAUGAGUCAGACUUGGCUUCUCUCUCUCCUGCUUUGGAGGAGGCUGGAUUCUCCUCAUUUUUAGUUUCUCCGUUUUCUGCAGCUGAGGACACAUAGAGAUGUUAAGCUAAACCCUGAGGUCUACCAUCAUCCAGUUGAUUUGUGGCAGAGCUGAGAUUUGAACCCAAGUAAGAGAUUUCAGAGUCUAUGUCCUCAACCCUCACCUUCCACUGCUGCUGGGGAGAAUGAAAUCACAACACAGGCUCUCACCAUCCAAGAAGAACUGGUCUAGGAGUCAUGCAGGAGUCCUUUGGACAGCUCAGAGCUGCAGAGCAAGGCACAGAGCCAAAGAAGAGAUGUUGCUGCUGAGCUGGAAGGCUGCCUGUGAUCAUCCACAGCUUUUACUAGAGCUCCCUCCUCUUCCUCCUCCUGCUGCUCACCCCACUGUCUCCUGGACUCACCCCAAUGCAAACCCAGGAUCUGAGCGCUAGUAGCAAAAUCGCUGUGGUUCGGAGAGGAGGCCUGGACUCAGAAUCCUCCCAGGCCUUGAAGGUUCAUCUCCAGCCUGAGACAACCCAAGAAAGUAGGAGACAUCUUGGAAGGAAGGAAGGAGGAAAAGAAGACCUAAAGAUAUAACCAAAAGUGGAUAUUGCUUCUCUUGGGCUCUUGGAUUCAUUCUGGACAUUUCCUCAGGAUGAAACUUCGGACACUUUGAGUUUUUUUGAAGACUACCAUAGCGAAAGGGCAUUCUCAAGUAGGACAAUUUGGAUGGGAUCAAAAAUGAAUCUCAUCGAACACUCCCACUUACCUGUCACCGAAGAAUUUUCUCUUUCUGACAACUUAUUUGGUGUCCUAACAGAACAAGCAGCAGGACCUCGGGGACAGAAUCUAGAUGUGGAACCAUACUCCCAAUACAACAAUGUUCAAUUUCCGCAAGUUCAACCACAGAUUUCGUCAUCAUCCUAUUAUUCCAACCUGGGUUUCUACCCCCAGCAUCCUGAGGAGUGGUAUUCUUCUGGGAUAUAUGAACUCAGGCGGAUGCCAGCUGAGACUGUCUACCAGGGAGAGAUUGAGGUAGCAGAGAUCCCUGUAACAAAAAAGGCCCGAAUGGGUGCAUCAGCAGGGAGAAUAAAAGGAGAUGAAUUAUGUGUUGUUUGUGGAGAUAGAGCAUCUGGAUACCAUUAUAAUGCACUGACCUGUGAGGGGUGCAAAGGUUUCUUCAGGAGAAGCAUCACCAAAAAUGCUGUGUACAAGUGUAAAAACGGGGGCAACUGUGUGAUGGAUAUGUACAUGCGGCGAAAGUGCCAAGAGUGUCGCCUAAGAAAAUGCAAAGAGAUGGGAAUGUUGGCUGAAUGUAUGUAUACAGGCUUGUUAACUGAAAUUCAGUGUAAAUCUAAACGACUAAGAAAAAACGUGAAGCAGCAUGCAGAUCAGACCAUUAAUGAAGACAGCGAAGGUCGGGAUUUGCGACAAGUGACCUCGACAACCAAGUCAUGCAGGGAGAAAACUGAACUCACCCCAGAUCAACAGAAUCUUCUGCAUUAUAUUAUGGAUUCAUACAGCAAACAGAGGAUGCCUCAGGAAAUAGCAAAUAAAAUUUUAAAAGAAGAAUUCAGUGCAGAAGAAAAUUUUCUCAUUUUAACUGAAAUGGCGACUAGUCAUGUACAGAUUCUCGUUGAAUUCACAAAAACAUUGCCAGGAUUUCAGACUUUGGACCACGAAGAUCAGAUUGCUUUGCUGAAAGGGUCUGCAGUUGAAGCUAUGUUCCUCCGUUCAGCUGAGAUUUUCAAUAAAAAACUUCCAGCUGGACAUGCUGACCUAUUGGAAGAAAGAAUCCGGAAGAGUGGUAUCUCAGAUGAGUACAUAACGCCCAUGUUUAGUUUUUAUAAAAGUGUUGCCGAACUGAAAAUGACGCAAGAAGAGUAUGCUCUGCUUACAGCAAUCGUCAUCCUCUCUCCAGACAGACAAUACAUCAAGGACAGGGAGGCGGUAGAGAAGCUUCAGGAACCCCUGCUCGAUGUGCUACAAAAGUUGUGCAAGAUUUAUCAGCCUGAAAAUCCUCAACAUUUUGCCUGUCUCCUGGGUCGCCUGACUGAGUUGCGGACAUUCAAUCAUCACCAUGCAGAGAUGCUGAUGUCAUGGAGAGUGAAUGACCACAAGUUCACCCCGCUUCUCUGUGAAAUCUGGGAUGUGCAGUGAGGAGUCUGGCAGGGCAAGAGCAUCCAGUGCUUCAUUUUCCUCACAAUAUGUCUGAUGUAUGACUUUUUUUGUUUCAUUUGUACCUGGUUUCACGCAAGAACUUUGGCGGAUAUUUAUGCAGUGAUUAUGCGACUUCCAAAGUUGUAAAUACUGAGCUAGAUAACAUUGCUUUCUCCGCAUGGCAUUUGACAAGGCUUCAGGGACUCUUUGGUCCAAACGGGCCGUCCUGCUCGCCUCGCUCCAUUGAUCAUUCUGCACUUCCAUCGGUUGAGAUAGGGAAAACUUCAUUUUGCUCUUAUCUUACAUCAUCACGUAUAUUUUAUCAAAGAGUUGUGUUCAAUUUUGGCAAUAAACUGAACAUAAUGGCA